AGAAAUGUAUAUAUUGUAUUCUCCUGGAAACGAUGCAAAGCGACCAGGUGCGCUAAGUGAAAGCUCCAUGCGCAAAACGCUGAAACAUCUCAUUGUCUUACUUUUCUUAAAUUGUAGUUCAUAGAACGCUGGAAGAACUCCCAUUUUUCUUCGUUGCGUGCUCUUGGUGUCCUUCUUUCUUUCUAGUCCAGUUAGCCCAACCGCCUCGCAGCCUGUCUGCCUGGUAAUUUGGUCUUUCUCUUUGAAUAGCAUUAUAAAGAUUGCCCAAGAAGCCUUAUCGAUGUGCUUGUGCGCCAAAACAUGAGUCAAGGCCGACAAAAACAAAGCCACUGGGGUGAGGUCCUUGAAGAAGUGAUCGCGCAGCAGACCUUAGUUGAAUCGAUUUUGCACCCGGGAAAAAAAAGUUCCGGAGGCCGCACGUCUCUUUCGUUGACCACCUCAUCUUAUUCCCCACAACGACAUACUGACAUGAUGACACCGCAGCGUGAACGAUCUUCGAUGCGUGCAGCGUCUGGUGGUCAGCUCGCGCUGCUGUCGCCGAGUUUAGACGCUACCGGUGGCGAGGCGAGGUCUGCAGUCUCGCACUCUGGCAAUCUAGCUGACGCAGACCGAGAUGCGCCAAAGGACAUGGCUGAUGGCCACCGUGGUGGAUCAGCCGCGGAGAACGGGUCGAAGGUAGUUGAGGCACUCAUGGAAGCCUUGUCCACUUCUUCGUGGUCCAGCGACAGCAAUACCGCGUUGCCCACUGCGCCGGACGACGGCAUUCCUGUGCCACAGUUGCAACCAGCGCGUGUGGCGCCGCUUGAUCGUAUCACAACUCACGCACCUCCCCCGGAUUAUGAGGGCGAGGUUUCCGACAUGACCACUGCGCAGAGCGGCGCGCUGCAAGCCGUGGCGCUCUACGUGAGGGCCACGCAAAUAGUGGCACGCGAGUUUGCAGUACGACAACAGAUCAUGUUCAAUGAAUUUACUGCUGUGACGGAGCUCAUUUCGCUCUUUGUAUGUCGUAUGUCCCAGAAUUUCAUGAGAAGCUGA